CAUGCGUUCCGGGGGCCGCGGGCGGCCCCGGCUACGGCUUGGGGAACGCGGCCUCCUUCAGAAACCCACACCGCCCAAUCGCCGCCUGCUACCGCGGGCGCAGCUCUUGCCCCUGAUGCUGCUGGCUCUGGCCGUGGCCUCGGCGUUCUACACUGUCUGGAGCGGCUGGAACCACCAGAGUGAGGAGUUGCCUCCAGGACGGGAGCUGCGGGGCCCUUUGAUCGGAAGCCUCCCCGAAGCCCGAAUACGGAGGGUGGUUGGGCAACUGGACCCACAGCGUCUCUGGAACACUUAUCUGCGCCCCCUGCUGGUUGUGAGGACCCCGGGCAGCCCAGGCAAUCUCCAAGUCAGAAAGUUCCUGGAGGCCACUUUACGGACCCUGACGGCAGGCUGGCAUGUGGAGCUGGAUGCCUUCACAGCCUCGACCCCCCUGGGGCCACUGGACUUUGCCAACGUGGUGGCCACGCUGGACCCAGGAGCUGCCCGCCACCUCACUCUUGCCUGCCAUUAUGACUCGAAGCUCUUCCCAUCUGAGCUGGCCCCCUUUGUGGGGGCCACGGAUUCAGCUGUGCCUUGCGCCCUGCUACUGGAGCUGGCCCAGGCCCUCAACCAGGAGCUGAGCAGAGCCAAGGAUCAGGCAGCUCCGGUGACGUUGCAGCUGCUCUUCUUGGACGGCGAAGAGGCGCUGAAGGAGUGGGGACCCAGGGACUCCCUCUAUGGCUCCCGGCACCUGGCCCAGCUCAUGGAGUCUGCACCCCACAGUCCCGGCCCCACCAGGAUCCAGGCUAUCGAGCUCUUCAUGCUUCUCGAUCUCCUGGGAGCCCCACAUCCGACCUUCUACAGUCACUUCCCUCGCACAGCCCGCUGGUUCCAUCGGCUAAAAAGCAUCGAGAAGCGCCUGCAUCGUUUGAACCUGUUACAGUCUCAUCCCCAGGAAGUGAUGUACUUCCAGCCCGGGGAGCCCCCUGGCUCCGUGGAAGACGACCACAUCCCUUUCCUCCGCCGAGGGGUCCCGGUGCUCCACCUCAUCUCCACGCCCUUCCCCUCCGUCUGGCACACGCCCGACGACUCUGAGGCCAACCUGCACCCACCCACGGUACACAACCUGAGCCGCAUCCUUGCCGUGUUCCUGGCUGAAUACCUGGGACUCUAGCCUGCCGGGUUGACUCUGAAGGAGAAGCGCCCAGCAGGGGAUGUGCCAAGGGCACCCAGAGCCAGCGGAGCUCAGGUCGGCCACCACGGGUGUGCUGGCUCAUCCUUUUUAAUACCUUUGGCUCUACUUGUGCUGGCACCGGAAGACGCUCUUUCCUUUGACUGUCUCAGGCUGCCACUCUUCAAAGACAUAGAAGAGACACUUGCGGGGCAAAAGCCAAAGGAAUAUGAGCGUGGGCCCUGCUCUGAGGGAGAUCUUGGGCUGAAGGUUUGCAAGGACCAAAGGCUAUUCUCAGGUUUAGUUAGCAAACCAUGGACUGGCAUAUGGACCAGCAACACCACCAAACCCAAUGGGCCUUUGUAUUUGUGGCAGUUUGUUCUCCUGAAUGGUGGCCUUGCCACGGCACCAGUCCAAGCCUAGCUCCCACAUGGAUGUGCCAUGUGGGGCCCACAGAGGACAUGCUCGCAUGCAGGAACAGGGGAGAUGAAGCCAACACUUGGGAACUCCAGACUCUGCAGACCCAGUGGGCAAUAAACUAGUGUUUAUGCAAAACAUUCUGCAGAACUAGCCUAAUAGGUGUUGCAUGAAAAAAAGGUGAAGCAGGGUGAGACACCAUUAAACGAGUUUCUGCGUGGCACAAUGUGAAUUUUCAAGCGUAAGACAGUGCAAGUGUAAGUGUUUCCACCCACAUUUCAGCACGGCUCCCCUUACUGGGAAGCACCUCACAGAACUACAGGUAUGUCAGAAGAUACUUGGGGAAACACUGGGUUUUAGUCAUUUGAGUAUGUCUAGAGAAAGCAGAUAGACCAGGAGUCACUGCAAAAUAGUUAAUACCAAACCACCCCGUCCCGUUUAGUUGUGCUUAUAGGAGUGCAAGAUAGUGGGUUUAACUAUAAUUUUAGCAAUGGCCUGAGGAAGUAUUUCCAAACACUACCUAAUUUUCAGACUCAACUAGGGUCCUUACUAAAAAAUGCAGACUCCCAGGUUCCACCUACACCUAAUGAAUUAGAACUUUAGGGAGGGGCCGGGACUCUAACAAGCACCCAAGGAGAUCUCAUGAUCGGCAAAGUCUGGGAUGCGCUGUCCUUUCAUUUUGGUGUGUUCCCAGCUGCUUAGCAAACCUACUCCAAAAGCAUGGAGGGCGCCUAGAAAGGGAGUCUUAUGCUGGGCUCUGUGCCUGCUGGCUUUGAGGCAGCCCUGGUGGGUGGUAGGGAUGCCAGGCCAGGAUGGAGGGUUGUUUAAUAGUGAAGGUGAGCAUUGGCCUUCUGAGCCAACUCAGGGCUGGAGAAGAUUCGAGAGCUCAUGGGCUGGAACUCAGGAUAUCAAAUGAGAGGAUAAACAGGAGGUUCUCGUUUCACAUUCUGCCACAGUAGCUACGUUGGUUGGGUACCUACUGCAGGCCAGGCACCGUAAGCACUUUAAGUGUUCCAACUCGGUCUCCCACAAAUCCUGUGGUAGGUGUAUUUCCAGGUGUCAUUUUGCAGAUGAGGGGGUAGGGUCUGAGAUUUAGGAACCAGUGGUUUACACAGAGCCCAGCUUCUCGCACACGGUUGUGCUCCUAACCCUGUGAUCUACCUCCCUUCCAAAAGGGACCAACCAAUAGGUGGUUUACAGGUAACUCCUCCUGAGUUUUUAUGGGGUGCAAAUUAGAGUGGGGUUUGGGGAGGGGUAUGGACUAAUGACCUCCUUGAGGUGGAAUUGGCAGAAGUCCAGCGUUCAGAAAGGGCUAUUGAGAAACAUCAGCCAAAGGGUCUCACACCACAGGGAGAGUCCUGUUUGUUCAUUCCCAUGGGGUAAGCAUGGUGCCAGGCACUUAACAGUGCACUACGUCGCCCUGGCUGGGCGGCUCAGUGGACUGAAGUGUCACCCCAUACCCCAAAAGAUUACAGGUUGGAUCCCCGGUCAGGACACAGAACAUACCUAGAUUGUGGGUUCAAUCCCCAGUCUGGGUGUGUACAGGAGGCAACUGAUUGAUGUUUCUUUCCCUCUCCCUUCCUCUUUCUCUAAAAAUCAAUAAGCAUACCCUUGGGUGAGGAUUAAAAAAAUAAGUGCGCCACGUCCCCUUCGCCUCACAGCCAUGAAGAAGUCGAUGAGACAUCAUCUCCAAGCUGUAGAGGGGAAGCAGAGUGUACAGGUACAUCCCCGGCCCUCUGUCUCCCUGGAAGACAUCUUGGUUGAUUGUCCUACAUGCCAGGCACUGGGCAAGGAGCCGGAUGCAGUUUUUGCAUGAACCCAGGGCAAGGAUUGUGAGCUCUGUUUUACAAACAGCUGCUGCUGCUUGGCCAGGUAUUUUCCCAACUCCCAUUUGCCCCUCGCACUUGGUACCUCAGCCUCAUGCUAUGAAAGGGCCACUAUGUGUAUUUAGUAAACACACUUGUUGAGCACUGUGGAUGAAACAUAUAUCAAUCUUUUGAGGAACCAUCAGUAUUCUAAUUUUUCAGAUUAAGAAACUUGAGUUCCACACUGACUGGUGUGGCUCAGUGGAUUGGAUGCUGGCCUGAGAACUGAAAGGUCGCCAGUUCAAUUCCUAAUCAGGGCACAUGCCUGGGUUGUGGGCCAGGUCCCCAGUUGGGGGCGUGCAAGAGGCAACUGAUUGGUUUCUCCCUCACACUGGGUGUUUUGCUCCCUCUCUUUCUCCCUCCUUUGCCCUCUCUCUAAAAAUAAAUAAAACCUUUUAAAAAAAGAAAAGAAACUGAGUUUCAGCGCAGU